AUGGCGGAUGCGACCCGGCCUGCCGUGGCGGCGGACUGCGUUAAGCGGCAGCUGGACAGCUGGAAUCAGGCCGCCAUGCGCUCCUACGUACGGCAGGUGUUUUGCUUUCCCUUUUGCGGAGGCUCCGAGGGAGUUGGACUUGAAUCGUUGCGCCUGCAUCUCGCCUCUGCGCUGGCUAUGGCUUCGAAGCAAUUCCCGGACUACGCAGCGCGAGUCUUUCUCGAACCUGGGAGUAUGGGUAAAGUGUCCAUCGGAAGGACGAGCGCGGACGAGGUCUCGCUCAAAGUCUUCGAUCAACGGAAGCUCUUUGGGUGGACCUAUCAGAAACUCAAGGAGGCAGGGUUCCCGGCAAAGGCCUUCGUCGAUCCGUCUUUCACGGUUCCCUAUCAGCUCGUUGAAGGCGGGCCUGGCAUACCGGUGCUGGAGGUCCACGCGCGGGUGAUUGAGGGCGGCCUGCUCCUUUGCAUCUACCUACACCACUCCAUCUCGGACGGUAGAGGAAUGACCAAUUUUCUCUCCGUCUUGGCGGACUGUUCACGCUCUGUGUCAGACUGCGACGGUCCCGACUGGCUCGAGGACGUCGAAUCAAUCCACGACUGCCCAAUUGAUAUAUAUACAGACCUGCCAGAGGAAGUUACGUCGCCGCUUCUACAGAUGGCAUCCUUUGGCGAGCUGAUGAGCCGAUGCCUCGAAUACGCGACCCUGUCCAAUCUCAGCGGGCCGACCGCUCCAUUGAUGCAGAGCCCGAGCAUCAAGACGAUCCAGAAGACCGGGAGGAUAUUCAGAUUCAGCUACGAAAAGAUCGAGUCCAUCAAGACAGCGGCGCGGCAGUGGCUCUCGUCACCCGUCAUUGGUUCCGAAAGCCGACACCCAUCUACGUAUGCCUGCCUCGCCGCGCUGACGUGGGCGUUUUCGACUGCUACCCGCUUCGGAGUCGCGCAGAAGGUCAAGGCGCUACGGAUGAAGCAGCUCGAUAGGACAGAUUUGAACGGGGUCGCUUGCCGCCUGCUCAUGCCGGCGUCGUGGGCGAGUCGUGCCUUUCAAGAAGUGUCAAGGACUUAUGCGGGCAACGCCGUCGCAAUGCCGGAGGCGAACGUUGACUUUCGCACUCUCUCAGAAGCCGCUCGAUCUUCGCCGAAUGACGCGUCGGCAGCGGGGAACCCAUUGGGUGCUCUCGUGCAUCGCAUCGAAACGGCCCUGGCCACCAUCGACGACGAGUUUGUCGCAACGCGGACAGCCAUGUUCCGCGCGGCACCCGACCCUCGCGUCAUUGGGGUCCGACUGGAUGCGGCGGAUCCUCGCGACUUCAUCUUCAACUCGUGGCGGCGAUUCGGCGCCGAUACCGUCUGGGGGAUCCCGGGGACGGAAGGGGGCGCCGUUGCCGGAGUAGGAGGCGGCGGUGUAUACCCCGACGCGGUGCGCAGGGCCCAGGAAGCGUGGAAUAUGGGCGCCGGUGUAAUCAUGCCAGGCAGGAAGGAGAGCGGCGUGUACGAGGUCUUGGUGACGCUCGAUGUGCCGUCGAUGGAGCGGCUCUGCGAGGACGACAACUGGAGAGCGUGGGUGGACGAGAUUAUUGAGUAG